AUGACACUUAACUUUUUUUUUUAAAACCUUUUUACUCUUCUUUCUUGCUCAGCUUCAAAGUGUUCUGGGGUGAGGGCAGGGCAGUUGGGGUCUCACUGGCAGCGCAAAAGCUCUUCGGAGGCCACAGGCCCUGCUGGACCGAUGGGGUGGCGAGUGGCCAGGCUGGUCCCUCUCCUCUUCUUGCUCCCCCGGCAGUGCGCCGAAGCCUGUGGUACCAGCAGGUGCAGUUUUCAGGACCUGACAUACCAGAACGCAGACUCAGGAUUUCCUCCAGGCUCAGCCACAGGCCCCAGAGACCUGAGUUGCUACCGGACAUUUGGUGCCUGUUACGAAUGCUCCUGGGAGUAUGAGGGUCCCGCGGCUGGAGUCAGCCACUUCCUGAGGUGCUGCCUCAGGCCCGGGCACUGCUGCUACUUCUCUGCGGGCCCGGCCACCACGCUGGAGUUCUCCGAACAGGACGGCGUACCUGUGCUCGACAACGUCACUCUCUGGGUGGAAUCCUGGGCCGCUAACCGGACAGAGAAGUCGCCCAAGAUCACCUUGAUCCUCUACAGCUCUGUAAAAUACGACCCGCCGCCAGAGGACAUCAAAGUGUCCCGCUUAGCAGGGCAGCUGCACCUGGAGUGGGAGACCCCAGCCCGCCAGGAUGGCGCCGAGGUGCAGUUCCGGCGCCGGACGCCUGACAGUCCGUGGAAGCUGGGUGACUGUGGACAUCAGGACGAUGCUGGCUUUGAGUCAUGCCUCUGCCCGCUGGAGAUGAACGAAGCCCAGGAGCUCCAGCUCAGGCGCCGGCAGCUUGGGCCAGGCGCCCUGCAAGGUCCCUGGAGCAGCUGGAGCAGCCCCGUGUGCGUGCCCCCUGAACCGCCUCCACAGCCCAAGGUGAAUCUCUCGGUGGAGCCGCUUGGCCAGGACGGGAGGAGGCAGGUGACCCUGCAGAGGCAGCUGUCCCGGCUCCAGCUCCCCGAAGGCUGCCGUGGGCCCAAGUCUGGCGCCAGGGUGACCUACGAGCUCCACCUGCACAUGCUGUCCUGUGCGUGCAAGCCCCAGGCCACGAGGACCCUGCGCCUGCAAAGACCGCUCCGCCUCUCGGGGGCUGCCUACAACCUGACUGUCGUCUCCAGGAAUCGCUUUGGCCCCGGCCCCAACCAGUCGUGGCACAUUCCGGCCCACACACACCCAGAACCAGGAGCUCUGAACAUCAGCGCCGGAGCCCACGGGACCACUAUGCGUUGGCCGGCCCGGGUCCCGGGCCUCACAUACUGCAUUGAGUGGCAGCCCCAGGGCCAGGACGAGAGCCCUGCCUGCUGCAACCUGACCGUGCCCAGAGACCCGGAUUCUUCUGGAACUGCAACCCUCCACUGGAGCCGAGCUUCCGGGGCGCUGGGGCCGAGGGGGUGCUACCGCAUCACCAUCUUUUCCUCCGCACGGCCCAGGAACCUCACCUCGUGGUCCACGGUCUUGUCCGCCUACCACUUCGGGGGCAAUGCCUCGGAGGCUGGGAGCCCACAGCGCGUUUCGGUGAAGAUGCUCAGCCGGGACGCGGUGUCUGUGGCCUGGACGCCGUCGCUGCUGAGCCCCUGCCCCGGCGUCCUGGAGAAGUACGUUGUACGCUAUCGGGAGGAGAACAGCACCCAGGUGACCGAGCUGCCCGUGAACCCCACAGAGACCCAGGUCGCCCUUGUUGGCCUGCGGCCUGGCACAGCCUACAGCGUGCAGGUGCGAGCAGACACUGCCACACUGACCGGCGCCUGGAGCCAGCCCCAGCUCUUCCACACAGGUGUCCAGCUUCCGGAGUUGUCCAUCAUCGUCGCCUCUCUGGGCAGCUUCCUCAGCAUCCUCCUCCUGGGCGUCCUUGGGUACUUCAGUCUGAACAGGGCUUUGCCACUCCUGUGCCCGCCCCUGCCCACACCCAGUGCCAGCACCGCUGUUGAGUUUCCUGGCAGCCAGGGGAAGCAGGCUUGGCAGUGGGCCAGCCCGGCGGACUUCCAGAAGGAGGAGGAAGAGUCCCUGAGAGAGGCCCUGGUGGUGACCAUGCCGUGUGGAAAAGGCGAGGUGGCUGACCUGCGCACACCCGGCCCUCUCCAGGACAGGACGGAGCUGCCUUGGGGAGCCCGUGAGCCAGCCCUGGACGCAGACCUGUCCUUGGAGGACAGGAGACAGGUGCAAGGACACCCCGAGGCCGGGGCUCUGGAGCCCAGCGGGCAGGACAGUCGGGAGGGCAGCUCUGCCCAGGCGGCUGGACGGUCCCUGCUCCUGGGAGACCAAACGCAGAGUCCCCGGUCUGACGGCCCUCGGCAGACGGGCCUGGAGGCCUGAGGGGGAAGAGGGAAUGUCCACCUCAUCUUAUGGACAGGACAGAGAGACUGACGAUGGAAA